UUAAAGUUGAGCUUUCUUGUGGUUGGUAGCAGCGGCCAUCAACGAACCGGUUUUGACAAUCAAGAAAAACAUUAGAAUCUUGGAUGAUAUUUGGUUAACGUCGAUUAUUUAUUUCAAUCCUGAUCUAGUGUUUCCUUUCGAAGAUGUCGCAGCCAGGAACCAGCACGGAUUCCCAAGCGACCAUCGCUCAGAAGACUUGGGAGCUCUGCAACAAUGUGGAGACUGCGAACACUGUUGAUGAAAUCUACAGAUUCGAUAAGCAGCAGCAGCAGGACAUUCUGAUGGCUAAACCGUGGGAAAAAGACCCGAACUUCUUUAAGGAUAUCAGGAUCUCAGCUUUGGCUCUGCUCAAGAUGGUCAUGCAUGCCAGAUCCGGUGGUACUUUGGAAGUAAUGGGUCUGCUGCUGGGUAAGGUGGAUGGCAACACUAUGUUUGUCAUGGAUUCUUUUGCUCUGCCAGUGGAGGGUACAGAGACCAGGGUGAAUGCUCAGGCUCAAGCUUACGAGUAUAUGAGCUCAUACAUCACCUCAGCUAAAUUGGUUGGAAGGGAGGAGAAUGCUAUUGGAUGGUAUCACAGUCAUCCAGGAUACGGAUGCUGGUUGUCUGGUAUUGAUGUCUCCACUCAAAUGACCAAUCAGAGCUACCAAGAGCCUUUUGUUGCUAUUGUUAUUGAUCCAGUCCGCACUAUUUCCUCUGGCAAAGUUUGCCUAGGAGCUUUCAGAACAUACCCAAAGGGUUACAAAUGUCAAAAUGAAGAACCGUCAGAGUAUCAAACUAUUCCGCUGAACAAAAUCGAAGAUUUCGGCGUGCACUGCAAGCAGUACUAUUCAUUGGAGGUGACCUAUUUCAAGUCCGCUCUGGAUCGGAGGCUUCUGGAUUCCUUGUGGAACAAAUACUGGGUGAAUACUCUAAGCUCGUCCAGUCUUCUGACCAACGCGGACUACACAACCGGUCAGAUAUUCGAUCUGUCAGAGAAACUGGAGCAAUCAGAAGCGUCUCUAGGUAGAGGAGGUUUUAUGGUAGGUGGCACCGAUCCCCAUGAGAAGAGAAGCGAAGACAAGCUGCUCAAGGCAACCAAGGACAGUUGCAAGACUACCAUCGAGAUCAUCCACGGAUUGAUGGCUCAGAUGAUCAAGGAUAGACUGUUCAACGGCAACUGCACCAACGCCGUCACCAAUCACUGAUUUCGACUGCAUUCAGAUUCAUCGUUGUAAUUAUUCGCAAAACGCAUAUACUUCAAAAUUCGCGAUGAUAAUAAUAAGUGAAAUAUCCUAAUUUAAGUCCUUUAAUUAAUAAACACUAUAGUUUCAUUUA